AUGGCACAUGAUUACUUAGUAUCAACAGGAUCAUCCUGUGCAGCCAAGAGGAUGACUUUGUGUGAUUUGAUUGCUAAUAAGAUCGAUAUGUUAUCGGUAUAUUCUAGCAAAAACAGGCAAACGGUCUCUUUAUCAAUCAUGUCAAACGAUGAACCUUCUAAUCCAAAUGUCCUAAAUAUCAGGGUCGUAGAUUCUGAUCACAAAGAGAUUUGUUUUAAAAUUAAACCGACUACCAAACUUGGUAAAGUUAUCAAUGCUUAUGCAGAACAAACUGGAAUGGCAAUCGCAUCUGUUCGUUUCACAUAUGAAGGUACAAGAAUCAAUGUAGAUGAUACCCCCGAGGAUCUUGAUAUGACCGAUGACGACACUAUUGAUGUGAUGAUCGAGCAGAUCGGCGGUGGACGAACGGAAUAA